AUGUUCAACUUCUUCCGGACAUCCCGCCAGCGCGGUGAUGCCGCGUGGUUCUGCGCCGGCCCGGCGUCGUCGUACCCGGAUAUCCAGCCCAUGGACCCGGAUGCCGUCGUCGUCGAGGUCAUCUCCACGCCAAGACCGAGAGCAUGUGGCACCCCGUCCAGUCUGCCUGUUGCCGGCUGCAAGAUCUUUCAUGUUUCUGAAGACGCAGAAACAGGUGGCGUCACGGCAAGUGAAGUUCGAGUGCAGGAUGUUGCUCAAGUCGAGGGCAUCGAUGCACUCAAGGACCAGGUGCUAGUGUUCCAGUACAAGGGCCAGUUCCACGCGGUGGAUCAUAAAUGCCCGCACAUGUCAUACCCCCUCUCCAACGCCACACCUUUCGAUAUUGAAGACUUUGGUAUUGUGCUCAGUGCCGGCCUGACGUGUCCCAAGCACGGCUGGUCCUUUGAUAUGUUUACUGGCAUGGGCGACCGCGGCAACUACCGUCUGCAAAUCUGGGAGGUUGAGCUGAGAGAUGUCGCAGGAAAUGUAACCAAAGCAACAGAGAAAGAAGUUGAUCUAUCAGACAAGGACGUAUGGGUGCGGAGGAAGCAAAGGAUAGGAUAG